AAAAUAACAAUAGGUAGGUGGGGAUAUAAUUGGGCGAACGCUAGCGCCGCUACGGUUACAUGUCCGUAAAGAACUUCCGUACAAGUGACACAAAUGUAGUAUUUUUACAUGCCUGGUAUCAGUGAUCUGUGACUUAUUGUCAGGAGAAACACGUGAGAACAGCGUUUACUCACGAUAUCCAUAAGGCGAUGAGCGGUUUCGUAGUAACUCGAGGGGCGAUAUCAAAAGAGAAUGCUGUGAGAGAUUUUGUCGCUGUGUCUUACACGGCACCGAAAAAAAAGAAGCAGUCAAUUGGGGUUAACCCGAAAGGCGCGGGUACCGGAAUUGGUUUGAGUCAUGGAGAUUUAUUAUUAAAGGAACCUAAAAAAAUGCAAGCAGCAGACAUAAGAAAGGAACAGGACAAACAAAUGAAGAGGGCAAGAUUUGACGUUAUCAAAUUUGGAAUGUCUGGUUUUGACGGUGUGAAAGGAGAAGAAGCAAAAAUAGCCCUCGCUGUGAAACUGGGCGCAAAGCCUCCAAAGAAGAAGGCUAAAAAUUACAAAGAGUUGAAGUUGGAGAGACAAAAAGCAAACAAAGAAGCGCAGAAAAAGGCAAGCAUUCCAGAGUUGGGAAAGUUUUCAGCUAAACCCAGUUUUGACAAAAAACGAAGAAAAGAUCCUGGUCUUCUUAACAACUAUGGAAUAGUAAAAAAAAAUGCAGUUACCAUAACAAACAAUAAGAGAUUUUGAAGUGCAACAAUUUAAUGUUUUGAUUUUAUUCCUUCAGUACAACGUUUAUUGCUAUUUCUAACAAACAACAUCAUAGUAUAACAUAGAUGUAUACUAUACCAAGUAUAACGAGUAAUAAAAUAAUAUCUUAAUCUGGUCA